UGAAUCCGCCCACCUUAUUUACCAGGAUGGAAUUGAAACGGAUGGAAGAAAGUGCAAAUACAGUCGCACGCAACGUGGCUCUCUUGAACGUUCUACGAUCCAACAUUUACACUGUCAAUUUAAUUUCAAUUAAAUUGCGUUUGAUAUCUUUGCAUAUUUUCCUUUCGUCAAAUUCCCCGAUCUUAAAUAUUUUUCCAGGGGAUUAAUCGACUGCAAAUGGGAGACAAGAUUAGUGGGCGCUCCUCGGAAGAAGCGGAAGGAAUAUUAUCCAUUUUACGUCGACUACGACUCGAAUCGCAGUGCACCGGGCCAUUUUGAAAUCGUUCGCGUGUAUUUCAAGCCUCGAAAGACGGUAGGAAUAGAAAGAAAGAAAAAAACGAUAUGCAAAUUUUUUGGCAAGCAAUUUCCUUUUCAUCGAAAAAGUUUAUCGUUCCACAGUGCUACAUAGAAACGAAAUUGAACAUAAUCGUGGACAUGAGCCUCGAAAUGCCCGUUAUCUCGCUGACCGGACGUGGAAUCGAAAAGAGUUUAAAUAUAAUCAAGUCCAAGAUACAUUUCAACCCCGUUAUUCCGUUUACGGUAAUCCAAGAAAUCGAUUUCACGAUUGAAAAUACGUGCCAUUAUCCCGUGGAGUUCUUUUGGCAUCAUUUGGACGAAAAUUUUCAGUUGGAGGAAGAUAUAAAGAAAACUCUGUUGCAAUAUUACAACAUGAAGGAAAUACUGUUGCCUCUGAAGAAGCCUGGCGAGCCGAUGAUACCAUGGCAAUUGGUAAAAUUUUACAAAGAGAUAUUGAACGAAAUGGCCCAGUCGUUAAUUACGGACAAGAUGGAGGAAGAGGAUCGAUUUGGCGAGGAAUUUUUCACCUUCGAGAGCGUCGAGAAGGACACGACGAAGAAGAGCGAAAAGAAAGGGUACAAGUUAUCAAGGAAGAGAAAGAAACGGAGAGGAAUGAAUCAGUACGGGAAGAGAACGAGUAUUCGUGGAUCUAGUCGUCGUCGAAAGAAGAAUGAGAUUGCCAGCGAUUUGUCCACCACGGAUUCGGAAAGGAGGAACUGCCCUACCUUUUCAAUUUUUGAUGAAACACUGCUGAACGAUGUUCCCCUACCCACCACAGAUCCCGAGGAAAUUCAACGUCUUCUCUUCUGUUACAUCGACAAUCUCCAUAAGAAUCCAGAUUUACGGUUGAAAAUGAAAGAUCCGGUGAAGGAACUUUUCGAGAGCAUGGAGAAAAAAUCGGAAAUCGAUAUUUCAGAUUUGGAAAAGAAAUUUCCCGAGAAGAAAGUCUGCAUCAUUUUUCAUGGAGCACCUUUUACGGAGUAUCAAGAGACUGCGUGCAAAAGCGCCAAAGUCUUGGGAAUUCCUAUUCUCGGCAUCGAUAAAGCGAUCACCGAAAUAAUUGCGUUCAACAAGAGCACGUGCGCGAUUCAGCUUCGACAGAUCAUCGACGACGUCUAUCAAAAAUACAUCGAGGCUUUUGAGAAAUCGAAGCAAUAUUUGGAGCAGGAAAGCACCGACAUCGAAUCAGAGUCGAGCAAAAAGGCGUCGACCAAAGAAACUUCGAGUAGAAAAAAGAAUUCUCGGAAAGAGAAAUCGUCGAAAAGUUCGUCGAAAAAGAACACGUCGCCGAUAUCUACCAAGAACGAAGUGUCGAUGUUGCAAGAAGCGAUCAUUCGGCUUCCCCCGGAUCCCGAUCCCAUCACGGAAUUUUCUAAAAUUCCGCCCACCGAGAAAUUGGAGUUGCUCGACCCUUUGACGAGAUACGAGUACAAGAUUCAAAGUGUUUUAUUGCUCGAGAAAAUACUCGAUCUUCGCGAAUCGCCCAAACUGAAAGGGAAGAGUCCGAGGAAAAAGGAGGAAAUCGUUUCUUUCUCGUUCCGUGACAUUGAUCCCGAAUUAAUAAUCGAAGUUCUUCAACAAAGAUUGUCUUCGGAGGAUUUCAAACGAGGUUUCGUCGUGCAAAGUUUGAAGAGCAAUUUCUUCCAAAAUAACGUGUUCGAGGCUUUGCUCGCUGUGUUGCGGAUCGUCGGUUACAUCGAAUACUUCCUAUUCGUCACGUUUCUUAACUCGAUGAAUUGCUACGAGAACAAAGUCGAGCAACGCACGAAAGAAAUCGAGAAGGAAAAGCCCGAUCCGAAGCAAAGGAUACGGGAAAUCGACGAGAUGUCGGCAUCCGAAUACGAUCAACUUUCCAACGAGGAUAAGAAGAUGUACAUAGAUACCAUUCUACCCCGUAAAAAGGAGGAGGCGGCUCGUAGGCGAACUCGAUUUAUGGAACGGAUGAUAGAACGUACAAAGAGGAAGGAAGUUCCGAAAAUAAAGAUAUCCAAACGGGUGUCGAAACGGAGCACGAAAACGCCGAAGACAGUAAAGGAAGUUAGUAAAACCUCGAAGAUAACCUCCAGCAAACAAGAGACGAGUAAAGUAACGAGGAGUAGAGACAGUUCGAGACGAAGUAAUUAAUAGAAUCUGAACGGAAUAAGCGUGAAUAUGUGUCGUGAAUUACGAUCUCUCUC